UGAGAGUGAAAGUCGGGUCCAGACAAGCGAAAGUUGUAAAAUAUUUCCGACGAAAUCAAAACAGAAUUUCUCCUUAGGGUCCCGCACUUGACGCUUGAUUUGAAAACAUCCUGUAUUUCUAAUAAUACUGGUCUUAAUCGACGAAAGUUCGUCGUGGGAGGCUUUCGCAACUCACCUCAGUUGACUCAACCUGUCGUAAUAUCGUCUUGGCGCGGAUUUUCCCUUGAGAGUGAAAUUAAAAAUUCAAAGAUCUUCGAUGAAGGAUAUACUGUAAAGAACUUCACUGGCAAAGCAAAGUCCAGUCUUAAACUAAAAAAAGGAUCCAAGAUCUACAAACAUGGAAUCAAUAGAAGAUUUCUAUGCCAACAAGAAKGUGUUUAUCACUGGAGCAACAGGGUUCCUUGGUAAAGUUCUUCUGGAGAAGUUACUAAGGUCAUGUAAAGAUAUAAAGAAAAUCUAUGUUUUGGUAAGAGCUCGAGCAGACCUGACACCUCAACAGAGAAUUGAGAAGAUCCUUCAGUCCAAGUUGUUCCAAAGUGUCAGAGAUAUUGCGCAGCUUACAGAAAAAAUUGUAGCCAUUAAAGGCGACAUAGCUGAGCCAGGUCUUGGCAUGUCAGAAGAAGACAGGCUCCUCGUUGUUGAAAAUGUUGAAAUAUUUUUCCACUCUGCUGCUACAGUGAGAUUUGAUGAAGAAUUAAGGAAUUCUUUGCAAUUAAACGUAAAGGGAACUGAGGAGAUGAUCAAACUAUGCAAGGAAGCCAAGAAACUUGAGGUUCUUCUGCAUGUUUCAUCAACUUACGCCAACUGCGACAGAACUGUUGUAGAGGAGAAGAUUUAUCCACCAACUGUUGAACCGGAGAAACUCAUUAAAUCGUUAGAAUGGAUGGAUGAUGACAUGGUGACGGCAAUCACACCUCAUGUGAUCGGCAAAAGACCAAACACAUACACCUUCACAAAGAGUCUUGCUGAGCAUGUUCUGUCACAGCAAGCUGCUGACCUUCCUGUAGCCAUCUUCAGACCAUCGAUUAUCGGCGCAUCAUUAAAAGAACCAAUUCCAGGAUGGGUUGAUAAUUUCAAUGGUCCCUCUGGACUCUUUGUCAUGGCUGGAAAAGGUAUGCUUCGUUUCAUGAAGGGUGACCUUAAUGCCAUUGCUGACAUUAUCCCAGUGGAUACUGCUGCCAAUAUGAUGAUAUGUGUUGCAUGGGAAACAGGAGCCAAAAGGUGGAAGGGUACUGGUAUACCUGUGUAUAACUGUUGUACUGGAACCAUAAAUCCUAUUACUUGGGGAAAACUUGUGGACCUUACAAAAACAAAAUUUUCUAUUUAUCCCAUGGACGAUGUUUUCAGAAGACCAAACUUUAAUUUUGAAUCAAGAAAGUUAUGGCACUUCUACUAUACUUACAUCAGUCACAAGAUUCCCGCCAUCAUUGCCGAUACCUUGUCCAUAUUUAUUGGCAAAAAGCCAAGGAUGAACCGGUUAUACAGCAAACUUGAAAAAGCUACAAACAUCAUGAAGGCUUUUACUACACAAGAAUGGCAGUUUACCACGACAAACAAUUUGAGAUUACUGGAAACAUUGAGUCCAGAAGAUAGACAGACCUUUGGAUUCGACGUCCGUGAACUGAACUGGGAUUCUUACUUUAAAGAUUUCGUGCUUGGAAUAAAGCUGUUUCUCCUCAAAGAAGACAUGAAAAACAUCAACUUGGCUCACAACCGAAUAAGAAAACUUCGUAACAUUCGCUGGAGUAUGUACGCUUUGAUGUUUGUUCUCUUCUCCUGGCUGCUCAUUAAAAAGGUCCCUGCUGUUCGUAUGGCGUCUCUCAAGUUACUCAUGAGAGCUAGGGUCAUCUUCAGAGCAUUGGAGCCCUUUAUGAUCGUCAACUAGACAACCAUUUGGUCAGUAGAGCACCAGACUAAGUAGUUAGGGUUCCUGCUGGGAACCCUCUGGUAUAAUGUUCGUUGAAUUGUUUGAAGUCUUUAUCUUGAUUUCAUGACUAAAAGAGCGUUUUCACUCACGUGGGAAGGCAGCCAUAAACAAUAGAAACUUUCUGCACAGUAUUUGCAUAAAAAUAGAGUUCAAUUCCCGGAGGAUAGAAAAUGUAUUGUUUUGGUACCCCAUAAUGGUCGCUGUGACGUCACGUGAAAACGCUCAUUACUAGUUUAUUACUCACAAAUGAUAACCGCCAUUAAAUAGACCUCUUUAACUUGAGCGCAAUUUUUUUUCAGUUUUAUAUUAUUACUUAAGGUAAAGGGGUUUAUUCGCUCUGAAAUCAAGGGAAAGUUCAAACAAAUAUAAAACCACAGGGUUCCCACUCUGAGAUUCUUAGUCUGGUAGACCCCUGACAUAUAACGUCAAAGCAGCUCAAUACGAGAAUUGGAAACCUAUUGUCAUAUCCUUCAAAUUGAGCUGCAUUCUGACAGACUUCGAGGGGUCUAUUCAUUUGGUAAUAUUUUUAACAUAUAUCGUCUCCGAGGCCCCUUCAAUAGACCUCUUCGGCUUGGGGUAAUGUUUUCCCAUUUCAGACCACAUGUCAUUCCCUUGAGAAUAAGAUUCUUUGUUUGAGCUGUAUCCAUAUUCAUGUGUCUUCUCAUGUGCAACCGAGCGCAAACCUUAAACAAAGAAACGAUACUCUAGGGAAUGUGGUCUGAAAUGGAAAAACAUGUCAGAGCCGAGGAGAUCUAUUCCCUAUUGAGGGCGAGAGUGUUCUCUAAUGUUAUACCUACGUUUAUCGUGAUUCUUGUCGACUAGAACUCUAUAUAGUCAAUAAUAUUUCUUAAUCAUUCUUAUCGCCACCAAUGCAUCUAAGCUUUCCUUACGACGGAGAGAUUCGAUUAUGGUAUAGAACUUUAAUCAUAAGAAAAUAACGAAAGUCGUAUCCCGCACCACCAGUCUCUAAAAAACGCAACUUUUCGAAAGCGGAUACGUGAGGUGUGGAUGGGCCAAAAGGAUUCGAAAGCGCUGCGCGUGGUCUUCUUGAUUAUGACCAUUAGAUCGACCCCUGUAUACUCUCAUGGUCAACCUUUCGUUGUCUAUGGAAAGAAGUGCUAUGCAUGAUAAAAUGAAUCAUAUAUGAUUCCUUUUUAAUAUACCUCUGACCUCCUCAACUUCUAGCAUAUACAGUGUUUGGAGCCCUAUGACUCAAAAUCCCUUGAGAUAUGAAUACGAUGGAACAAUCGCCAUGUUUGUUGAUCUAACAAUGAGAAGCUAGUGAGGAAUGCUUUGUUAUCGUCAACCAACAUGGCGCCUAUGACGUAACAUGCGCAUGCUCUAUAGAGACAUGCGAUCAUGGCCUAAUAAAAAGGCAUACCACGCUUAGAGUUGUCUGGGUCAGAUGAACAUCAACACUAUAAUAUUAUUAAUAAUUCUAAUAUAUAUAAUUUUAUUAUUAAUAAUAAUUAAUAGACCUUUUUCUAGUUCCUAAAAUACCGCUGUGUUCCUUGAUUACAGGCUCAUUUAUUCAGGCUUAGCCUCGAAUCAGUGUAAUUAUUCGCAAAUACCAACGGCAAAGUAAAGAAUGCACAACUUCAAAAAUACAAACACUUUAAAUUUCCACUGAGCUUUACUGGAACGCUUGAAUAUUCUACACUAAAUCGAAGCUCACCCUGAACAACAGGGAACUCAAAACUAGAGUUUUUUGAAUUUAGCCCGUUUAAGGAUUUUCCCGAUACUACAACAUGACACCACAGAAAUCUAGCUUGGGCUACCUGUGUCAAAACUUGAGUCUUAGUGCGCUUUCAGAACCGAUUGGUCUGCGCGACCAGUUCUGAAAAGCGUCAGUUCUUAGAGCUGGAUGUGAUUUAUUUGAGAACUUGCCGCUUGGACCGAUCGUUUUGACUUGAUAGGAAGCGCCCUUAGAAAAAAAAAAAUCUUUUUGAAUUUCAAACGAUAUAGAUAAUUAAUAACUUACUAUUCAAAAUUCAAUACAAUUUAUCAAACAAUCUUGUUACAAUCAAUAGAUGCAACUAAAAAAWAUAUAUUAAUAAUAUUAAAUAAGUAGAAAAAGUUU